GACGCUCUGCGGAACUUCGACGCGAUAAGUCGAAAUAUCCGUGACGUCAUGAAUCAGUUGGAUUCAAAGUGUGGUUAGGAGUUCUUCUUGGCGUUCAUAGCGCAAAACGUUUGGUGUUUUCAUCCAUUUCCAGCGACUUUAGUGCGAAUAAAUCGUGGAAAAGCAUGUGCGACGAGGGAGAAAGUUCUGGUGCCCAGAGCGAAGUGAAAUUCAAGUCCAGAGGAAAAAGAUGCUUGCGACAGAGGAGAGAAUCUUCCGGUUCCAACUCCAGCAAUGAAGGAAGUGGAGAAGAUCUGAACUGCAAGCUUGAGGAGAUGAAGGAGCGACAGCGGCUGCGGAGUCGCCCUCAUGGCGUGAGUCUUGUAGGAUUGGCGAUUGGAAAGAAGACAUCGAUGGAGGAGGAUUUAACAGUGAAAGACCCUUUCAAUGUCAAGACCGGCGGAAUGGUGAACAUGAAGGCGCUGAAGGCGGGCAAAGUGAAGACUGUGGAUGACGCUUAUGACACGGGAAUUGGAACGCAAUUCUCAGCGGAGACUAACAAGAGGGACGAAGACGAAGAGAUGAUGAAGUAUAUUGAGGAUCAAUUGAAGAAGAGAAAGGGCCAGAGAGAAGAAGAGCAGGAUGAAUUGCUCGACAGUUCUGGGAAGUAUUUGAGUCCAGAGGAGGCGGCUUUGAUGGCGCUUCCGGAUCAUCUGCGUCACGGUUCUUCCCAGAGAUCAGAGGAGAUGCUGUCAAAUCAGAUGCUGAGUGGCAUUCCGGAGGUGGAUUUGGGCAUUGAGGCGAAGAUAAAGAACAUUGAGGCCACUGAAGAGGCCAAGCAGAAACUCUUGCUGGCCCAGAAGAACAAGAAAGAAGGUCCAUCGCAGUUCGUGCCCACGAAUAUGGCUGUAAACUUUGUGCAGCACAACAGAUUUAACAUAGAGGACGAUUCCAGGAAGAGAAAGCACAGGGAGCAUAAGAAUGAGGAGGGACAGAGAGACAAGCCAAACCAGAAGAAGGCAACUGAUGAUUACCACUAUGAUAAGUUUAAGAAGCAAUUCCGGAGAUACUGACCUCCGGCCAAAGAUAAGGAUAAAGAGUAGUUUUAACAUCAAAGAGAGGAGAGAAAGACAGACGAUUUUUUAUUUAUCAAUGAAAACUGAGACGAUACGGCAAAGCAGACGAUUUGGGGGUGG